UCACUGCUCAUGUGCAGAUUUUUUAUCGGUGAAAAAAAUAGGCCGAUUUAUUAGCCCAUUAUUGCCGCGAAAAUCGGCCGAUCGGCAAAAUCGGCCGAUUUUUUCCAACUUUCCCGAUUAAAAAAAAAUGGCCAAAAUACCGAAAAACGGCCGAACAAAUAGCCCACUAACGAUCCGAAAAUCGGCCGAUUUUAUUUUCGGCCAAAAAAUCGGCCGAUUUUCGACCCAUCUAUGGCCUGCACUAAGGAAGACAAAAAGAAGAAGAGAAGAGAAGAAAGAA